CAAUGUUAUGAGCACGUGACAAGUUCUUCUCUGGUGAUUCAAGAAAUUUGAAGUGAUUUUAGAUAUCAAUAAAAGUAAAUAAAAAGAUGGAUAGAAUGCCAAGUCCUAAAGUAAUUUUAGGUGAAUAUGGAAUACCAAAUUCGGCAGAAUUUUCUAACCUCUACACAACAGAAUGGGAUAACUUUAAAAAGAAUUUUAGAAUAGAUAUUGUUCGACAAUCAGAUGAUAAAAGAGAACUGGAAUUUGAUUUGAUCGGAUGUUCAGCAGCAUUAGCGAAUACAUUCCGAAGGAUUUUGCUGAGUGAAGUUCCAUCGAUGGCAAUUGAAAAAGUUUACAUACUAAAUAACACAAGUUUAAUUCAAGAUGAAGUAUUAGCUCAUCGAUUAGGAUUGGUACCAUUGAAAGCAGAUCCAAGAUUGUUUGAUUAUCCAACAAGCAGUAGUAAUGAAGAAGAAGAAGUUAGUGAUCAAGAUACACUAAGAUAUGAGAUGAAAAUAAAUUGCACGUGGAAUACUCAAGCUCCUAAAGAUUCUCGUCGACCAGAUGAUAUUUAUCGCAAUAAUAAUGUUUAUAGUCGAGAUAUAAAGUGGGUACCAAUUGGAAGACAAGCAGAAUUAUAUCCUCAAGGUGAAGAUCAAUUUGGAAUGUUAGAACCUGAUAUUUUACUUUGUAAAAUGCGACCAGGUCAAGAAAUCCAUGCAUUUAUGCAUGCUGUUAAAGGAAUAGGAAAAGAUCAUGCAAAAUUUUCACCUGUUGCAACUGCAACUUAUAGACUGAUGCCAGAAAUACAGUUAUUGAGGCCCAUUAAAGGUGAUCAAGCUGAACUAUUGAAAUCUUGUUUUAGUCCUGGUGUUAUAGAAUUAGUUGAAAACUCCAAGGGAGAAAUUGAAGCUAAAGUGAAAGAUCCACGUUAUGAUAGUUGUUCACGAAAUGUCUUUCGUCAUGAAAGUCUUAAGAAUGUAGUUCAGUUAGGACGUAUUCCGGAUCAUUUUAUUUUUACAAUUGAAUCACUUGGAGCCUUAUCCCCUGCUUUAUUGUUCUUAGAAGCGGUAAAAAUUUUAAAAGGUAAAUGUCGAUCGUUUUUGGAAGAGCUUGAUGCUAUAGGCUAAUAAAGUAUUUUGUUUUUUUUUAUAAAUAAGAAUAAAAUACGACAUUGUAUAGUAUAUAAGGGUUUUUUGUAAUUUUUUACAAAAAUAU